GCAGAUAAAAUUUGUUUAUGGCAGAUGCGCAUGAAUCGCUCUCCGUGACUCACUCCCUACGCCCCAAAGCAUGAUCCGUGAGGGCCUCAACAUAUAACCACCUACAGCCCAAACACCGAGAUGGCGGCCACGCACAGGAAGUAUCUUCCAGAUCGCUUAAGAUGGCCGCGAUGGCGUGGGAGGGGCUGCGGGAUGAGGGAGGCGGGGCGGGCGGGGCCGCGCAGAGCACUCUGGGUCGCGCUUAGGCUGCCGGGAAGGGGCGGAGCGCGGCCGCGCCGGCGCGUCGAGCCAGAAGCAGCCGCCGGGAUGGACGUGUUUCUCAUGAUCCGGCGCCACAAGACCACCAUCUUUACGGACGCCAAGGAGUCGAGCACGGUGUUCGAACUGAAGCGCAUCGUCGAGGGCAUCCUCAAGCGGCCGCCAGAGGAGCAGCGGCUGUACAAGGACGACCAGCUCCUUGAUGAUGGAAAAACUCUGGGCGAAUGUGGCUUCACCAGUCAGACAGCAAGGCCACAGGCCCCAGCCACAGUGGGCCUGGCCUUUCGAGCAGGUAAGAUGGCCAACCUGGAUGGUAGCAUCCAAAGAAGAGGAACUUUGGGAAGCCUUUAUCUUCCUCUGAGCUUUCAAGAAAUGCCUUUUCAGUCCACAAAGAGCAUGAGGUAUUUGUUUCCUUGUUAAAAAGCAAAGCCUGGGGAUUAGACACAUAACUCAGCAAUUUAAGGGCUUCCCUUCCGGAGGAGUUGGGUUCCAUUCUAGGUCAGAACUAUAAUUCUAUGUCCAGGAGACUUGACUGAAGCCCACUUCAGUGUCCUCAAGCCCCAGGCAUGUACACAGAGCAGACUUACAUGCAGACAAAAUGCCCACACAUAUAAAUAAUUUUAAAAAGUUGAAACAAGGGCUGGGGAUUUAGCUCAGUGGUAGAGCGCUUACCUAGGAAGCGCAAGGCCCUGGGUUCGGUCCCCAGCUCCGAAAAAAAGAACCAAAAAAAAAAUUGGAACAAACAGAAGGUAUGGAGAUUAAAAAUAACUUACAGGUUUCCUGGUACCAGCCACAUGUAACAGGAUUUAUUGAGUACUUGGCCUUGUCACACCUCAUCGUUUUUUGUUUUUUUAGACAGAUAUAUAAAUCUAGAUUGUGUUUUAGAUUCAGAGUUUAGUCCUGGCUGGCUUGAAAUUUGUUCUCCCUCCCAAGUGCUAGAAUUAAAGGAGUUCACCACCGAACCCACUUAAUCUUUUCUUAGUAGUACUGUGAGGCCAUUGUCUUCACUUUGCAGACUUGGAAGCCAAGACAAUAAAGUGCUAUGCUAUGGAUGGCAGGCAGACUAUAAUGCACCUAGAUGGCUGGAGCUAGAUACAGCCAGGCUAUAUUUAGCAAAUUAUUUCUAACUCAUCAGAGAUCUGCCUGCCUCUGUCUCCAACUUCCUAGUGCUGAUUAAAGAUGUGUGCUACACACCCAGACAAAUUGUACCAGAUUUGUGAAGUGAGCUGGGGAAGUUAGAUCACGUAUACCAGUGGUGCAUGCCUUUAAUCCUGUGCUAAGGCCAGCCUGGUCUACGGAAGGAGUUCCAGGACAGCCGGGGCAGGUAGGGAUUUAAUAAUUGUAUCCUUUGCCUCUGAGAAUUUAAGCAGGGGUGGUCCUGGGGCUUGGACUAUGUAUAUGAGGAAGAAAAUGUAGGAAAAAUUAAGACUACUGGCUCUUGCAGGGGACCUGGGUGUUAGUUCCCAGUACUCACAUGGCAGUUUACAACUGUCCAUAAUUUCAGCUCCAGAAAACCCAAUGCCUUUGACCUUCAUUGGCAAACAUACAUACAUGAAAGUAAAGAACUCUGACCAGGGGCUAAGAUGGGAAAGUAUAGUUUAGUUAUACUUAGUUUUUGUACUUAAUCUCAUCUCACCAAGCUACAUCCAUUUGUUUAGCCAAUUUCUCUCUGCCCCACCCUGUCUGGAAUUCCCUUCUCCAUACACACCCCAAGUAGGGCCCUCCGCAAAUAUCCUUUUAUCAUAAGUCCCAUAAGUAUGAGAGUUAUCUGCCCCUAGGUAACUAACUUCCUGUGAAGCAAUGAGACUUAAUAGGGCUGGUGAAGAUUCACAGGCUGGACAGGCUCCCUUUUUAUAUGGGCUCUUGAUGCUAAAAAUACAGUUUGUCUGGUUCUUUUUUUUUUUCCCUUAAAGAAUUUUAUGGGGAAAACAAAUGUAGUUUGUCUGCUUCUUAAGCUAAGAUAAAGCUGUGGUGUCUCAAGUCAUCCUUUUUCUCCAAGCAAAAUCUAGGACCCUGGAAGCUAACAUAAUUUUAUAGUUAUGUCAAAGUUAAGGGCAGCGAUUUGUAUUUUCACAACUCCUGAUACGGCAUUAGAUAUGGACAGGACUCAGGACCAAAGUUUAGCACCCUUCUGGCAAAUGGAAUGUGUUAUGAUAGGAUUUACAGAAGCACUUCUGGAAGCAGCUGACAGCAUUAGGUUUCUGGACCUAAUUGGGUUGCCUUCCCUUCCUCUCUGCCACUCAAAUGUCCAUGCUGAAGGAUAAAGCAAGCUUAUUAACACAGCAUUUAACUAUUAGGAAGGUUUGGCAAAUGGCACUUAAGUAACAGGAAUGAGGGAAAUAAUAAAGUUAAGAACAAUCAUUGUAGACUUCUAGUUUUGUAAGUGAUAGAGGUCAGUUUUUGUUUUUUUGUUUUUUUUGUUUUUUGUUGUUUUUUUUUUUGGUCUCCCCAGAAUUCCCAGAAGUUUCUCCAUGAGACCUUGGCAUUCCAACAUCUCAGAUUAAAGGUGUAUACUACCACCACCACUUGGCUGAUGAUCAGUUUCUUAGCUUCUGCACCACUAGCAUGUGUGGCCAGAAUGGUUAAUUGUGCAUAGUGCUCUUAAUAGAAAGCACCUGGGUCCGAGUGCACACAUGGUACCUUGUCCAUAUCCUUGACUUCUUGGUCAAGCCCCUCUUCUUUCCUAGUUUUACCACUGACAGCCGGGAGUUUCCAGGUGGACACAAGCAUAAAAGACAGGGAUUGGGGUCAUUUGUUUUGUGCUAACAGUGGGCACUGAGAAAAAGGAAGGCUAAAGGUGAUAAAAUAUUACUUGCAGGCAUGAAGCUUGAGGGUGUGAUUCCCCAGUCCUGCAUUAAAAAAAAACCUAGGUAUGACAUACGCACAUAAUCCUAGCUGUGGCUACAUUAGCAAAUUUGAGGCCAGUAUGAGGUAUAUGACCUGGACUCAAAAUAAGCAAUUAACAACAAUGGUAAUACCCAGUAUUUUGAAAGAGGCCAAUGAAUAUGUAUUCGUUCAUAAUGCCUGCUUGGUGCUUUCAGACUGUUUCAAAGAGGGAAGUCACUUCUUUUUGGUGGAAGGUGAUAUUCUUGGGUUCUAUACACGUAAUGGGGUCAGAGGCCUCUGAGGACAGAUACAGUUAGGCAAAGCCUUGGAUAUUUCAAGUGAGGAAGGAAACUUCUCAUUCAGAAUCUUCUAUAACUCUUUUCCCUUCCACAGAUGACACCUUUGAAGCGCUGCGUAUUGAACCCUUCUCCAGCCCUCCGGAGCUUCCAGAUGUGAUGAAGCCACAGGAUUCUGGAGGCAGUGCCAAUGAACAAGCUGUGCAGUGAGGGCCCCAGGCCUACCCCCUAGAAACCCAUUCCCCCAAUAAAAAAAAGAUUUGGCUGUCUA